UGUUUCGUCCGUAAGUGUUCAGUCGUGAUCAGCAGUGAGUGUAUGUGAAUACAGUUUGUGCGCGCGCAAGCCGCCGGCGGCAACAACGCGGAGACGGCAAAGGCGGUUAUGAAAAGCGGCACGGCCGUUGCGCGCCUGGACAGUGCGCCACCGCCGAUCUCGUCGACGAGACAUUCGCGCGCUUUUCGGCUGCAAGACGCGUGUUUAACGUAUUCUCCGCGCAGACAAGUCAGUUACUCUCCGGAAUCCACAAAAAAGAUAAACACAAACCAAAACAAAACAUUAUCGCAAUGUGGUAUAGAAAUUUAUUAAAUCACAGUUUGUAAGUUUUAUUUGAUUUCUACAAAUUUUGACAUUUUCGCACUGUACUAACAAGUGUGAAAUCGUUGUGUAAGACUCACGUUUGUUUUUUGACUUUUCAACGGUAUUUCUUCAACGCUGGGUUAAACUCUUCGCAGUUUUGGUUUUCCCUCCGGGUGUUUCCGUGACGGUUGAAAUUUCAGCUUAGAUGUAGCAGACAUCUAGGAGAUCGAAAAAAGCAUCUGCAUCGAGUUACUAUUCUUCUGCUUCAAAUACCAAUCGAUACUUGCAGGCGAGAAGGAUUUCAAAGGAAGAGACCUAAAGAAUUUUCAUGGCCACACUGUUUUGAUUAAUGGAUUAUCUGGAUUAUUACGACAUAAUUCGACAACAAUCGACAGUGUUCGUGUGGAAUGUGACAUAAAUUGUUUUAGAAUGAAAACAUAAUGGAGUACUACCCAAGUACAGCUGAGGACGGGGAGGCGACGAUGCAGUCGUCCUUCCCCAAUGACACCUUCGCCAACGAGACAGGAUCGACGCCACUUCCUAACUUAAACAAUACCGGGCAGAAUUUUAGCUACAUCAAUGUCACCAGCGAGAUGCCAAUCACGUAUGCCGUCCCGAUGUACGGCUACAUCAUGCCGUUCCUUCUCGUCAUCACAAUCAUCUUCAACACGCUGAUAGUGGUGGUGCUCAGUAAGCGGCACAUGCGCACACCAACGAAUGUAGUCCUGAUGGCGAUGGCGUUGUGUGACAUGUUCACGCUGCUCUUUCCAGCGCCCUGGUUGAUUUACAUGUACACGUUUGGUAAUCAUUACAAGCCAUUGUGGCCGAUAAGUAUAUGCUACUUUUGGAAUGUGAUGCAUGAAGUGAUACCGAAUAUGUUCCACACGGCUAGCAUUUGGUUGACUCUUGCAUUAGCAGUGCAGCGUUACAUUUACGUGUGCCAUGCGCCGUUAGCGCGGAAAUUCUGCACCAUGCCGAACGUCUACAAAGGAGUCGGAUACAUCUUGGUGUUGGCUGCUUUGCAUCAGAGCAUUAGGCUGUUUGAGAAGGACUACGAAGCGCGAGAAAUCACCUGGAACGGUCAUCAAACCAACGUCUGCGUGACGAGCACAGCUAACUGGAUUAAUCAAUAUGUGACAGUGGAUGGCUAUUACUUGUCUUACUUCCUUUUCCGGAUCAUCUUCGUGCAUCUGCUACCAUGCAUUGCUCUUGUCGUCCUGAAUGUGCUGUUAUUCCGUGCGUUGCGCCAAGCACAGCAACGACGUGAUCUGCUACUGUCGAAGAAGAACCAAAAGUCCGAAUGCAAGAAGCUGCGUGAUUCCAACUGUACGACAUUGAUGUUGAUCGUCGUGGUGACUGUCUUUCUCAUCGUCGAGAUUCCGUUGGCGGUGGUGACGUUGCUGCAUGUCCUCGCCAGCGUAUUUCCGCACUUUCCGCUCAACUACGACAUCGCCCACGUGCUGGUCCUGUUCACAAACUUUCUCAUCAUUGUCAGCUACCCCAUCAACUUCGCUAUCUACUGCGGCAUGUCGCGGCAGUUCCGUGAAACUUUCAAAGAGCUUUUCAUUCGUGGCACCGUCACAAAUCGCAAUGGUAGUUCGUCGAGAUACUCGCUGGUGAAUGGGCCACGCACGUGUACCAACGAAACUGUGCUCUAAACUGAUUAUGAUCCAGAAAUGAAAACAGUUUCAUUUGGACUAGAAAAUAAAAAAAGAACUUUUAAAGAAGACAUUCAGAUCUUAAUUUAAAACUAUGUUUUUACGUAGAUAAAAGUACUUAGAUUGUCAUAUCAUAACGACUAGUUUUUAUAAUAAUUAAGUUUCUUUGUGUUCUGAAACAAAACAAUGCAUGAUUGAUGAUUGUGAUUGAAUAAAUGAAAUGUGAGAGUUUACAUUGACGUUACUAGUUUUUAUAUAGAUGUCAUCUGUAUAAUUGUUAAUCUGUAUACACUUAAGAUGAUGUGAAAGUAUGUACAUAAUAUUUUGUCUAAUCCUUCAUGUUCAACGUAUCCAUUUGGUUUUUGUUACAAAGUAGGUGACGAAUUGUAUAUAAAGACUUUGUAACAUGAAUCAUUCGGCAUGAAAACCAUCGAUUGGCAAAUGUUUUUAACAAAUCUGAGCCCUGUCUGAAAAUAUUUGCCAAUUUUGAUAAUUUUGCAUUUUUAGUGAUAUCAAACCACAGAGUCCGGGUAAAAGGUUAACUGUUUUAAAAACUUAAUUACCUUUACAUACACUGGAGAUAAUCUAAGAGUAAACUAAUCUAAAUUAUAAAUAUAUACGUAUAUUUUGUAAUAUAUAUUACUAUUAAACUACUGUUAGAUAUAAAAGAAAACUGAUAUUGAUGAUAGAAUGAUGGUGAUUGAUACAUAUAUCAAGUGUUAUUUAUGUAACUACUAUGUACAAACCAACGUAAACUUUUUGUUAUAACUUUAAACCACUACCACCAACCCAACAAAUGAUGUGUUAUUUCGAUUUGAACAAAGUAAUACAAUAAAAACGUUAAAUGUU